AUGGCUGAACAAAGACAGAGAAAUUUAUCUACAUCAGGAGAAGCACUCUAUGAACUCCUAGGCCUUGAAAAAGGGGUAGCCCAUGAAGAAAUCAAGAAAAGCUACAGGAAAUUGGCCCUGAAAUAUCAUCCUGAUAAGAACCCAGAUAACCCAGAGGCUGCAGAAAAAUUUAAAGAAAUUAACAAUGCUCAUGCAAUAUUAACAGAUGUGUCCAAAAGAAAUAUAUAUGACCAAUAUGGAUCAUUAGGGCUGUACAUCGCUGAACAGUUUGGUGAAGAAAAUGUCAAUACAUAUUUCAUGCUUUCUAGUUGGUGGGCAAAAGGUCUGUUCACCCUUUGUGGUCUUUUGACUGGGUGCUACUGUUGUUGCUGCCUGUGCUGCUGUUUCAAUUGCUGUUGUGGAAAAUGCAAGCCCAAGCCCCCGGCAGAAGAGCAAGAGUUCUGCAUGUCUCCUGAAGAUCUGGAAGAGCAAAUCAAGACAGACAUGGAAAAAGCUUUCGUAGUGUUUCAUCAGUAUCUAAUGAGAGUACUAGUUGGAAGGCCUAAUCUACUGGAGCUGACUACAGAAGAUUAUUGGGAUGAUAAUCAUAGUUAUAUAUUUAAAAUCAUUGUUCACAGUAAAUUUUUUGAACAG